CGGACGUGGCCUGGCCACCCUGCAUUAAAGUGCCCUUGACGCGCGCUCCAACCAGUCGCUCCUGAUAGAAAAAGAGCGAAAGAAGUCAAGUGGGCGGGUUGAACCGAGGACGCGCGUGGACGCGAUCAGCGAGUCUUUGGGCGGACGUCGACCACGCAGGACGUCACAUUGAAGCAUUCCGAGUGUGCGUCUCACUUUACGCCACAAGCUGCACACGCACAUCCCGCUCAAGUCCACCAUGAGGACGCACGUAUGGAUUUACCAGGCGCUGGUGUGCGCGCUUCUAUGCAUGAUGGACACAGGUGACUGUCGAAAGAGAGGGCAGUCCUUGCAGCGCUACGAAAAGUCUGAAAACUACCUGCUGGUCUGUCCCGAAUGCCCGCAAUCGCCUGUUGUGCGCAACAGCUCGCAGGAACAGUGCGCCCGCAAGUGCAAGAAAGUCAAGAAGCACUUCAACUGCAGGGCCUUUAACUUCCACAAACACAACAGGAAAUGCCACUUGCUUCCCUUCGACCGUUUCAGCCACGGCGUGCAGAAGCAGCCCAACGGCAACUUCACGCUGUACGAAAAGAAAGAUUACAUAAGGGAGUGUAUCAUGGGACCCAAGGACAACUACAGAGGGAGGAGGUCUUGGACCAAGUCGAACAUAACGUGUCAAGCAUGGUCUGAUAAUAACAUCAAUGAACACACGUUUUAUCCCGAUAGGUACCCAAGGCAAGACCUGAGGGAGAAUUUCUGCAGGAAUCCCAAUAAAGACCCCGGCGGUCCAUGGUGCUACACCACCGAUCCCAACGUGCGAGCCGAGGAGUGUGGCGUGCCACAGUGUUCAGAGGACGUGUGCAUGACGUGCAACGGCGAGGAUUACAGGGGCAAAGUUGACCAAACUGAGAGUGGCAAAGAGUGCCAGAGAUGGGACUCCACCAGGCCCCACAAGCAUUCCUUCCUGCCCAAAAAGUACAAGGACAAAGGCUUAACAGACAACUAUUGCCGGAACCCGGACAAUCGCCUCCGUCCGUGGUGCUACACGAUGGAUCCCCAAACUCCCUGGGAGUACUGCAACAUCACCAUAUGUGAAUCCGACUCCAGCGAGGAUCCAGAUGUGAACGCGACGACGUCGUGCGUAAGGGGAAGGGGCCGAGAGUACCGCGGCACCAUGAAUGUGACUCCCGAGGGGGUGACGUGUCAGCGUUGGGACUCUCAGUUCCCCCAUCAACACUCCUUCCUUCCCGACAACUUCAAAUGCAAGGACCUCCGGGAAAACUUCUGCCGCAACCCGGACGGGUCCGAGUACCCGUGGUGCUUCACCAGCGAUCCCAACCAGCCACGGGCCAAUUGCACGCACAUCCCCAGGUGUGACGCCCCAGCCGCCAAGAAAACCGAGUGCUAUGAGGACAACGGCGAGGCGUACCGGGGCGCCUUAGCGGUCACGCGCUCGGGGAUUCCUUGCGCCGACUGGUCCCGUCGCAUCAACAGCGGGGAUUCUCACUCUACACUAUCCCAUGUAGGGCUGGACAAGAACUACUGCCGCAACCCGGACCGGGACAAGCACGGCCCCUGGUGCUACACUGACCCCAACACCCGCCUGGCAUGGGACUACUGUAAACUAAAGAAAUGUGAUUCCAAAAUAUCCAAGUUUCCAAAUGCGACUCAAGCACCCCCUCGUCCCUCCCCGACUGUCCCCAAGAUAUCAUGCUUCGUCCACAUCACCACUCGCAUCGUCGGGGGCCACCAAGUGCGAGGGGCGGACGGCAGCUGGGUCGUGAGCAUCCAGAGAGAAAAGAUCCAUUUGUGUGGCGGUGCUUUGAUCCGAGAAGAUUGGGUGUUGACUGACCAGCAAUGCUUCACUUCCUGCGUUCCGGAUUUGAGGGAGUACAGCGUGCAAGUCGGCCUCCACCACCUGAACGACUCGUCCCGUCACCCCCGACUCGGAAUUUCUCGCCUAAUCUGCGGCCCAGAGGGAUCCAACCUGGUCAUGCUGAAACUGGCCGACCCCGCACCUGUUUCCGAGGGCGCCACCACUAUUCAUCUACCUGUCAAAGAAUGCCACAUCGCCGAGGGUACAAACUGCACCAUGUACGGAUGGGGGGAAACCAAAGAUAAAGAACGACAAAAGGCGCUGAACGCGGUGAACAUGCCGAUGGUGAACGACGACAAAUGCGCUCGAAUCAAAGGCGACGCCGGAGACAGCCGAAUUUGCGCUGGGGGUACCAGAGGAGAAGGCGUGUGUGAAAGAGACAACGGCGGUCCUCUGGUGUGCCGUGAGCAAGAGCGCCAAGUAGUGGCGGGAAUCAGCAUCCAGCGCACCAAGUGCGCGUCGUCGCGGCCGGCGCUCUUCGUCAACGUGGCGUUCUACUCGCAAUGGAUUUACAAAGUCUUCAAGCUUUACCCGAGCCCCGAAACGAACUGACCGGGUGGGAAUAAACCUGCGAGGACCGAAACUUUUUUUUUCAGGGAACAAGAAAAAAAAACGCAGACUACCAAAUGGAAUCCCCGUAACGGUGAAGAUUUUGUGAAGCCGAUCGUGACAAAAUUUCCUGGGAUUUACUUGAAUACGCCGACGGAGAGGACGACGGAACGGAUGCUGCUUUGGUGCCCCCGGCGGGCCGUGCCAGCUCACUCGGCUAGUUUUCUCUCGAAACCCGUGGACGGAUUUUAGGAUGCGAGUUUAUGGGUCUCAUAGAUCCGACUUCCUCUCGCCGCAAAUGAUGUUUGAUAUAUUUAAGAGAGAAGUAGUUUUGCUGUAUUUAUUGGCCACUGCGGUCCAAAUGUUGUCAAUUAAGACCAAAUGAGCACACACAAAAAGUUCCGCGUCCUGAUGGUUUUCUUGCGAAAUGAAGAUAUUAUUGGCUGCCGACUGUUUGUGUUAGAAUGAUUGUGUUUCUUAACAUCUGGACCGGGAGAAAUUAAUUCCAGUCGAUCAUAUCUAAAGAGAAUUAAGAAGGUUUUCAUAUUUAAAAAAAUAUAUAUAUCCAUUUCCUUCAACUGACUGUUGCGCAAUCCUAAUAUGAAACACGUUUUUUCUUAUACAGUAUUUGUAUAUUUUUUACUAACUCUUAUUUAAUUGACUGUGUACAUAGCCCAAGUGUAAAUUUGUGUAAAUAUCACAUGGUAAUAUUUUUUAACUUCACAGCAACAGGCUGAAUUUAUUUUUUUAUAAUGUCUAUCAAAGCUGCUAUUUUUGGCCUUCUGACCUUUUGGUUUGGAUCUGCUCCAUUAUUCCCAUUUCAAUAAAAACAAAACCACUCGUGAAACUGCAGCGAGGCACAAAAGCAUCAUGCUGACAUGAUUUUUAAAAAAUGACAUUCUUUCAGUUAAUGGAUAUGCAAAACUACAGUGUUUUAUUGAAAUUGAGCAAAGAACUGAAAAUGGCGGAUAUCAGAGUGUGAGGUGAGCAUAAAUCUUGAGAGACAGCGAGAACCAAAAGUAUU